CCAGACUUCACCACCGCCAAGAUGGCCACCACGCCGUCUGUUCAGGUUUUUGGUCGCAAGAAGACCGCUACGGCUGUCGCCUACUGCAAGAAGGGUGUUGGUCUUCUCAAGGUCAACGGUAGCCCCCUCAACCUCUACCAGCCCGCUACUCUCCGCGAGAAGAUUGAGGAGCCUGUCAACCUCCUCGGCAAGGAGCGCUUCGACGAGGUCGACAUCCGCGUCCGCGUCAAGGGUGGUGGUCACGUUGCCCAGGUUUACGCCAUCCGUCAGGCCAUUGCCAAGGCUCUGGUGGCCUACUACCAAAAGUACGUCGACGAGGCCUCCAAGAAGGAGAUCAAGGACAUCCUCCUCCGCUACGACCGUACCCUCCUUGUUGCUGAUCCCCGCCGCAUGGAGCCCAAGAAGUUCGGCGGUCCCGGUGCCCGUGCUCGCUACCAGAAGUCUUACCGAUAAAGCUCCGCGCCUUUAUUGGUGCGGGGAGGGAGUGGCAUCUGUUGCAUGCCUGUCGUUCUGGUCAUGCUGGCGUGCGGUUAAUACAAUGGAUACCUCUCUUUUUUAUAAAAAAAAAACGAACGCG